UGUUGAUAUUGACAGAUUACGUAAUAGGAACUGCCUGACUCUCAGCCCUAAAGUAGACAAGAUGGCAACUGGACCAGAGCAUGGGCUGAAAUGGAUAGUAUGGCAAAGGAUAAAGAACAGUAUCCUUGAGGACUGUAAGAAGCCGGGAAUAUGGAAGGUUCUGAUCCUGGACCAGUUUACUACACAACUGCUGUCUUCUUGCUGCAAGAUGUCAGAUCUGAUGAGCGAGGGCAUAACCAUUGUGGAGGACCUCUUCAAAAUCAGAGAGCCGGUUCCGGAGAUGAAGGCCAUCUACUUCAUUACACCGACUGCUGAGAGUGUGGAGGCCUUCAUCAAAGACUGGAAACCAAAGGCCAAAUACAAGGCAGCUUACAUCUACUUCACUGACUGCUGUCCUGAUGAACUCUUCAGCAAAAUAAAAAUGGACUGUGCCAGGCACAUACGUGUCUGCAAGGAAAUAAACAUCUCUUUCCUGCCCCAGGAGUCCCAAGUGUUCACGUGUGACAACCCUGGAGCUUUCAGGAGCAUAUACAGCCCGCACAGCGAAGACCGUUUAAAGACUCUGGAGACUCUUGCUAAUCAGAUCGUCACCCUCUGCGCCACGCUCAAUGAGAACCCAGGCAUCAGAUAUAAAAAGGACUCCUCGGUGCAGUAUGCCAAACAGCUGGCUGAGAUGGUGGACCGUAAGCUGGAGGAGCACUACAAAGUAGACGGCAGUGCUAAGAAGGAUAAGACCCAGUCCCAACUCCUGAUUGUGGACCGUGGGUUUGACCCUGUGAGCCCUGUUCUACAUGAACUGACCUACCAAGCCAUGGCAUAUGACCUUCUACCCAUUGAAAAGGACACCUACAAGUACAAGCACAAGGAUGGAACUGUAAAAGAGGCCCUGCUUAACGAGAGCGAUGAGCUCUGGGGGCGACUGAGACAUAUGCACAUUGCACAAGUCACAGAGAAAAUCCCCAAACUGGUGAAGGAGAUUUCAGCCAGCAAGAAGACACCCGACUCCAAGAUCUCAAUAGGAAGCUUGGCUAAUCUUAUGAAGAAGAUGCCGUCCGUUCGCAAGCAACUGGCUCAAAAAACAGUCCACGUGAACUUGGCUGAAGACUGUAUGAGCCACUGGGAGAAUGGGAAAAUAGAAAAGCUGUGCCAGGUUGAGCAGGACCUGGCUGUGGGGAUGGAUUUGGAGGGCCAGAAGGUGAAGGAUCCUAUGAGAACACUGCUGCCCGUGCUGCUGCCGCCCAAGGACCGGUACACCAAACACAACAAGAUCCGCGCUGUGCUGCUCUACAUUUUCAGCCUCAACGGGACCACGGAGGAGAACCUGAACAAACUGAUUGAGCAUGUGGAGAUCACAAAUGAGCGGGACUACAUUCUGAACUGGAAAGAGCUGGGGGUUCCCAUCAUUGCUUCUAUGAGCCUGUUCAGGAGGACAGCGCGAAGAGAGCGUGAAGAGCAGGAAGACCGCUACAGCACGUCACGUUGGACACCAGUCAUCAAGGAUGUGAUGGAGGAUGCUGUGGUGAAUAAACUAGAUUGGCCCCAUGUGUCUGGUGCCCCCACAGUAUGGAAUGGAUCUCGAGCAGUCAGUGCCCGGCAGAAGCACAAGGGCUCUGCGGACGACCACCAUGGCAGCUCCAAGCUCAUCAUCUUCAUCUUGGGCGGAGUCAGCUACUCUGAGAUGCGCUGUGCGUACGAAGUCACCCAGGCCACCAAGUCAUGUGAGGUCUUCAUAGGAUCCUCCCACAUUUUGACCCCCGAUGGUCUCCUUAAUGACAUCCAGCGUCUGACUACAGCGGUUUCCAUUGAGAAAUUCACAAUUGAAAAUGAGAGGACCUCCUAAGGAGCUCCUAAGGACCACAUUAUGCCACAUGGCGCUCUCUUGCACAGUACAUCCAACCUCCUCCAUUGAGGGACUGAAGGGAAUCCAUAUGAUCAACAUUAUAUCUUAACUCUUAAAAAUAUUACCUUUUCAUAACCAGUGCCUAUUUAAAUGCAUUAGAAAAUGCUAGUGUUGUGUGUGUCGUGUAUGUCUGACUGACUGGCCAUUUUAAGUGCCACACUGUAAUGUUUUUCCUACAGAAAAUUCUCAACACUGCCUUACAGCAGUGUUAUGCUAUACUACUUGUACAUAUUGUAUGUGUGACACUACCUUUAACCAGCCUUACUGAUCCCCAAAAUGUUUUCUUUCAUGCUUUGGUGUAUUAUAAACAGCCACCGAUUGUUUUUAACUGAGCUGAUUAUUGAACAACUGACAAAUAAAUGGAUGACGUAGUUCAAUGAGAUGUUGGGUGUUCAGCUGGAGAAAAAUGAGGUCUCCAAAUUAAGUUAAAUUAAAUUGGUCUCAAAUUUAA